UAUUACCAUUUCUACACUUCUAGUGAUAAGAAUGUAAAAUAACUCACUCUUGGGGGCCUGAGAAAGGUAACGCUUGAACUCCGGCAGCAUGGUGGUGGUGGCAACGCCGGAGAUGGGAGCAUCCAGAGGAUGAGAAAUGUCAUUAGGAUUGAGCCUAGGGUAAGGACUAAGGAGCAUAUGUAGAGGAGUGAGGAGUUUUGGUCUCUGAUGCGGCGGAGUUCUUUGAGGAAUUAAGCGCUAAUCUGUUUGGCCGGAGACGUCGUAGGAAAAGGCCACCAGAAGAGUCUUCUUGGUGUGGAAGUUCUCACCGGAGAGGGAGAAACACUUGAAGGAAGAGGACUUGAUUAGCCAUGUCUCGAUUGCAUCCCAUACCCUCUUGGCGGUGCUCAUCCGCUGUCGAGGCCAGACUGCUUAGGAAUAUUAAGCGUGGUGGAGAGCUUAUGUGGAUGGAUUUGCUCAUAGUGGAUAUUAACGUGAGUGGUUUUUUGUUCUCUUCUUUGUAUCAAGCGUGCCGUUAUUAUUUCUCUGUGAGCUCUAGGCUGUUUAUAUGUUUGAUAUUAUUGUUUCCGGGGAACCUGAUCGUGUCUUACUUUUAAAAAUUUCCUUAAUGUUUUUUAGAUGCUGAUGUGCAUUGUUUCUUGAAUUUUUGUAAGCACAUGCAUAGAUAGAUAGGUCGUUGUG